UUCCUCCGCUCAAUAUAAAUCCGUCCAAAGGUCCUUCUAGCCUCCAAGUGAUCAGUUAGACUUUUCUUUCUUGAAUUCUGUAAUAUUCUUUUCUUUGCUUCGGGACCUGCAACUUUAUCUAAUAUACUUCUGGUAUCCCUCGAACCUUUCAGCAAUGAAGAAAGUGGUUUUGAAAGUGGAUCUGAAUGAUGACAAAGGAAAGCAAAAGGCCAUGAGGGCAGUGUCUGGCCUUUCAGGCGUUGAUUCCAUCACCUCGGACUUGAAGGACAAGAAAUUGACGGUUAUCGGGGACAUCGAUCCGGUUGAUAUAGUGAGCAAGUUGAGGAAGCUCUAUCACACAGAGAUACUCUCUGUUGGACCAGCAAAAGAGUCUGAGAAGAAGAAGGAUGAGCCCAAGAAGGCAGAUGAAAAAAAGAAGGAUGAUAUGGCCGAGCUUUUGAAAGCGUACGCAGCCUACAACUAUAAUCCUUACAUGGUCACACCUUAUUACGCAAGAAGCGCAGAGGAAGAUCCUAACAGUUGCGUGAUCUGUUAAUUCUUAUAUCUUAGAAGGAUUAUACUAACGUCCAAAAGGUUGGUAUUCAAGAUUAAUAGAGGUCUCUACUGUACAGUAGUAGGUGAUAGUACUGAGUUGAUUGAUCUUUAUGUUUCGUUGGUGUUGCGCGCCUGGGAUGUUAAUAUGUAGUUUUGGUUAGUGGGUUUUACAUCAAUGUAAGAGUUUUUAGUACUUUCAAAGUUGUGUAGAGACUCAGCUUAGUACGUAGUGCCUCUGGACCUUAGAAAGGGUUACAUAGUAAUGCUAUAUACAAGUUAUGAGUUAUGUUAUUAAGAAAUUUUAUUUGCAGUUUCUAAA